GCCCAGCUUAUUUGUACAAGGGUGGCCAGAGGAUGCUAAAUAGAAUGCCUGGGUUCCUGGUGUUGGGAGAAGCAGCAUUUUCUCAGUUUGGCCCAAUAGCACUGCAAAACAAAGAUGAGAUUGAUGCUCUGUUGCUCUCAGCUCGGCAGCCCUGCUAUCUCUGGGAUGCAAAGGGUUAAGAGCUGCAAAAUCCAAAGAACUUCCUCCUUUCUGCAACGCCUGCCCCCAAAUGACGCCGGUUUCUGCUGGGCUUUGCCCAAAUAUGUCCAUUUCCUUCUGAAGAAAAAGAAAAAGGAGAGGAAGGAGGAAGAUAAAACUAAGACACAGAGCCGGACAUCGGCAACCACCGAUAACGCAGCCCUGCAUCCCACCCACCCAUGCCGUUCCGCAAAGGUGGCCGCGGAGCAGCGCAAAAAGACCUUUGUUUUAACCAUGCCCAUGGAGCUGACGCAGAGCCGCAUCCAGAAGAUCUGGCUGCCCAAUGACAACCACCCGGCGCUGCCCCGCCGCUCCUGUGGGCCACAACUUGCCAAUUCUCCCACUGUGAUAGUGAUGGUUGGACUCCCAGCCCGGGGGAAGACUUACAUCUCUAAGAAGCUGACUCGCUAUCUCAACUGGAUUGGUGUCCCAACAAAAGUUUUCAAUGUGGGGGAGUAUCGCCGGGAGGCAGUGAAGCAUUACAGCUCCUAUGACUUCUUUCGCCCCGACAACGAAGAGGCUAUGAAAGUCAGGAGGCAGUGUGCUCUGGCUGCCCUGAGGGAUGUUAAGCUGUACCUGACGGAGGAGGCUGGCCAGAUUGCGGUUUUUGAUGCCACAAAUACCACACGGGAGAGGAGAGGGAUGAUCCUAAAUUUUGCCAAAGAAAAUGGGUUCAAGGUGUUCUUCAUCGAAUCUGUCUGCAAUGAUCCCAAUGUUGUUGCCACCAAUGUCAUGGAAGUAAAACUGUCCAGUCCUGAUUACCGGGACUGUAAUUCGACCGAUGCAAUGGAGGACUUCAUGAAAAGAAUCAAUUGUUACCAGGCCAGCUACCAGCCACUUGACCCUGAUGACUAUGACCGGGAGCUUUCUCUCAUCAAAGUCAUCGAUGUUGGCCGGCGGUUCCUGGUCAACAGGGUUCAGGAUCACAUCCAAAGCAGGAUUGUUUACUACCUAAUGAACAUCCAUGUCCAGCCCCGCACCAUUUAUCUUUGUCGGCACGGUGAGAGUGAGUUCAACCUCAAGGGGAAGAUUGGAGGUGACUCAGGCCUCUCCAACAGGGGCAAGAAGUUUGCACAGGCACUGAACAAAUUUGUUGAGGAGCAGAACCUGAAGGACCUCAAAGUCUGGACCAGCCAACUAAAGAGAACAAUCCAAACAGCAGAAGCUCUCCAGCUGCCCUAUGAGCAGUGGAAGGCCCUCAAUGAAAUAGAUGCUGGUGUGUGUGAAGAAAUGACUUAUGAAGAAAUCAGGGACCAGCAUCCAGAGGAAUUUGCUUUACGUGAUCAGGAUAAAUAUUACUACCGUUACCCUUCUGGAGAGUCCUACCAAGAUCUGGUGCAGCGCCUGGAGCCAGUCAUCAUGGAGCUGGAGAGACAAGAGAAUGUCCUUGUGAUCUGUCACCAGGCUGUCAUGCGCUGUCUCCUUGCUUACUUCCUGGACAAGAGUGCAGAUGAAAUGCCCUACCUGAAAUGUCCUCUUCACACGGUACUGAAGUUGACCCCAGUGGCUUAUGGCUGCCGUGUGGAAUCCAUCUCCCUGAAUAUUGAAGCUGUGAACACUCACAGGGAGCGGCCAGAGGAAGCAAAGAAGGGACCUAACCCGCUCAUGAGACGUAAUAGCGUUACCCCUCUAGCAAGCCCAGAGCCCAUCAAAAAGCCUCGCAUCAACAGCUUUGAGGAGCAUGUGGCUGUUUCUUCCGCCUUGCCAGGCUGUGUUCCUCAGGAAGUGCCCACGCAGCUGCCGGGACAACCUUUACUAGGAAAGGCAUGCCUACGACCUGUUUGUCACUUUCUCAAAGUUUUCUCUUUACUAAUAUUUCCAAGAACAUGAACAACUCACAGAAGCCGUCGUGAGUCCCUUAGUGCUGUCGCGAGGCCACCAGCGACGCCAGCUCCCAUCCCAUCGUCAUUUCUGAAGCUUGCUUGUAAAACAGGUCUCCUCCGUUUGUGGUGAGGUCGACCCUCGGCUGUUUCUACCCACGCCUGUUCAUCUGCAAACUGCUCUGCUGGAGGGGGGAGAGAAGUGGGAGAGCGAUGGAGAGGAGGGAGACGAGCUCCCAGGUCUUCAGGCUGCAGCCUUGCUCUCCUCUCCGGUGUCCUGCUAGUGUGUAGCAAGCUGGGAAGCGCUUCUAGCGCACAGGAGUUUCCAAGUUCUAAUUUUUCCUUCUAAGCGGUUUUGAGCUCUUUUUGUAUAGACUAAUGGUACCCAUCCGACUUUGGGUGGAGUGUGUGUAUAUAUGUGAAUGGUGCGGGGUUAGCAGAGUAAUGGGGACACGAAGGGAGGGAGGGAACAAAGGGGG